AUGGGGCUCCCUGGUGUCCAGCUCCGGCUGGUGCUGCUGUGGGCACUGACGUGGGCACAGGAGACAAGGUCUGUGUGUCCCUCCUGUGGAGGCCCCACACUGGCACCCCAAGCAGAACGAGCUCUGGUCCUAGAGCUGGCCAAGCAGCAAAUCCUGGAGGGGCUGCACCUGACCGGUCGUCCCAGGAUAACUAACCCCUCCCCCCAGGCAGCACUGAGCAGAGCUCUCCAGAGACUACAGCAAGGGAAAUGUGGCUUCGACGAAAGGGGGAGGAGUCCUUUCUCCAUCUCUCUGGCAGACUCCUCCACUUCGACCUGCAGCUCCAUGCUCACCUUCCACCUGUCCAUUCCUCGGUCCCACCAGCUGUCCCACGCGCGCCUAUGGCUUCAUGUACUCCCCACCCUUCCUGGCACUCUUCACUUGAAGAUCUUUCGAUGGGGCACAAGGAGGAGGCACAGAGGGUCCGGCACCUUCCUGGCGGAGCACCACGUUACAAGCCCUGGCUGGCAUGCCCUGACUCUGCCCUCUAGUGGCUUGAGGGGUGAGGAGUCUCGUGUCCUGAGACUCCAGCUGGACUGCAGUCCCCUAGAAGGCAACAGCACAGCUGCUGGACAAGCUCAGCGCCUCCUGGACACAGAGGGAAACCAGCGGCCCUUCCUGGAGCUUAAGACCCGUCCCAAUGAGCAGGGAGCAGGCCGGGUCAGGAGGAGGACCCCCACCUGUGAACCUGAGACUCCCUUAUGUUGUCGGCGAGACCAUUAUGUAGACUUCCAGGAACUGGGAUGGAGGGACUGGAUCCUGCAGCCUGAGGGGUACCAGCUGAAUUACUGCAGUGGGCAGUGCCCCUCCCACCUGGCUGGCAGCCCGGGCAUUGCUGCCUCCUUCCAUUCUGCUGUCUUCAGCCUCCUCAAGGCCAACAACCCUUGGCCCUUGGGUACCUCCUGCUGUGUCCCUACUGCCCGGAGGCCUCUCUCUCUCCUCUACCUGAACCGCGAUGGUAAUGUGGUCAAGACAGAUGUGCCAGAUAUGGUGGUGGAGGCCUGUGGCUGCAGCUAG